AUGAUGCUCUCGACCCUUCGAGUUGUUUCCAGGCAAGCUGCCCGCCGGCCUGCUUCUGCCUUUACCAACUUUGCCGCCAUCCGCGCCGCAUCCACCUGGUCAGCUGUUCCUCAAGGUCCUCCAGCCGACAAGUCCGACAAGAAGAUCAACCUGGGUGUUGGCGCAUAUCGAGAUGAUCAGGGAAAACCCUUUGUCUUGCCCUCUGUUCGCGAAGCGGAGCAGAAGGUCAUCGACGACAAGUUGAACAAGGAAUACGCCGGCAUCACUGGCGUUGCCGAAUUCCCUGCCCUGGCUGCCAAGCUGGCCUAUGGUGCCGACUCAUCUGUUCUGGAUCGCGUCGCCAUUACUCAGUCCAUAUCUGGCACUGGUGCCCUGCGCAUUGGCGCCGCUUUCCUCCAGCGAUUCUUUCCUGGAGACAAGAAGAUCUACAUCCCUACCCCUUCCUGGGCCAACCACAAGGCCGUCUUCAGUGACUCUGGCCUCGAAGUUCAGCAGUACCGCUACUACAACAAGGAUACGAUCGGUCUCGACUUUGAAGGCAUGGUUGGCGAUAUCAAGGCAGCUCCCAAGGGCAGCAUCUUCCUCUUCCACGCUUGCGCCCACAACCCUACAGGUGUCGAUCCUACUCCUGAACAAUGGAAACAAAUUUCCGACGUUGUGAAGGAGCAAGGUCACUUCGCCUUCUUUGAUAUGGCCUACCAGGGCUUCGCCAGCGGUGACACUGACAAGGACGCUUUUGCUGUCCGCCACUUCGUUGAACAGGGCCAUCAGAUUGCUUUGUGCCAAUCCUUCGCCAAGAACAUGGGUCUCUACGGCGAGCGUGUCGGAGCCUUCUCCCUCGUCUGUGCCGACGCCGCCGAGAAGAAGCGUGUCGACUCUCAGCUGAAAAUUCUUAUUCGCCCCUUGUACUCCAAUCCUCCCAUUCACGGUGCCCGCAUCGCUACCGAAAUCCUGAGCAGCCCCAAGUUGUACAAGCAGUGGCUCGGCGAGGUCAAGGGCAUGGCUGACCGCAUUAUCACCAUGCGUGCUCUUUUAAAGGAGAACUUGGAGAAGUUGGGCUCCAAGCAUGACUGGUCUCACAUCACCAGCCAAAUCGGCAUGUUCGCAUACACAGGCAUGACCGCUGAGGAGAUGGAUAAGCUUGCCAAGGAGUUCUCUGUUUACGCCACCAAGGACGGUCGUAUUUCCGUCGCUGGUAUCACCUCUGACAACGUUGGCCGACUCGCCGAAGCCAUUUACAACGUCAAGGGCUAA